GUCUCAUUGUCGACCGUCUCUUAGUGACUUCCUGUUGACGUCUUGUGUGGCGAGAAACGUGAACAAGCGCUUAAUCGUAGACCGUGAAUAUUUUACUCAGAUAAAAUAGUUUAACCACCAGGAAUAAUUUGGUUAUAAAGUCUUCGUCGGGAUGAACAAGUUUAUUCGCCGUAUCAAGUCAAAACUUCGUGGCAACGAAAGGCCGGAUAAAGUUGGAGCCCACAUUCAAGAAGAACUGAAACCCUCUGGACUGCACAUCACGGACUUGCCGCCAGAGGCGCUGGCUCGCAUUUUCGAAAACUGCUCUUACGAUUUCUUGGCUAGACGAGUGAGGCUCGUGUGCAGACGAUUCUGCGAAGUCGCCACUUUACUUCUCAAUCGGGGGUUCUUGACCUUGGGGCCCAAGAUAGAUCGAGCUAUGGUGGAUGCCGUGUCUCGUUUUGAAGAAGGUCGAACACAGGGAGAACUUCUGGUAACGACUCGUCCUUUCAGUUCAGCAAUGGUGGAUGACUUGCCCCGUAUAGGACAAGGUCGUCCAACUGAACAACAACUGCUAAUGGAUCAACAUUGCAACGCGCUGUUGCUUAUGAAGCGUCGGUACCGCGUGUUGAGAGCCGUCACCUGGAGACACAUUUACAGCCCUCACUCCGGCUCUGGACAUCCGGCGUGCUUCUACGCCGGCAGUGUGCUAGACAAGUUCCUCAGGUUCCUGCGAUUGGCCCGCCAUUCGCCAACCCUCUUGGGGUUCUUCAUGCUUAAUCCAACUAAGGGAAACGAAGUCAUCAAAAUGUUUGUUCUGUGCUCGAAAUUCAUGUACCACUUCUACCAAAGAACUUAUAAUUUUAGACGCAAUUAUUCCAUCUCUGGGGCAAAUCUUAUUUACCUUUGCUAUCUCUUGACACGGCAUCCUUACAGGAUGACCCCACAUGAAGAGGCGGUGACAGUCAAUGGAAUGGAAUGCCACAUCGGGGCUCAUUAUGGGUAAGGAAUUGCACAUUAACUUUUGGCCCCGCGAUAGGGAAAUCCUUUUAUCAAUAAAUAUCACGUCACCUCGCCAUCUUCAGUUUCUACUGUGAAUUAACAGCACUCUGGGUCACCAGACACGCAUGGGGAUGGGGGGGCGGGGGACGAACUUGGCGCAGGAUCGUGGCCGGUUUCGGACUUUUGUGUCUUCGGCGUUGGACUUGCGGGUUCUCCUACCAGGGAGUUGGGUUAGUUUGUCGGUCUCCAGAGAGCGCAGUGGUGGUGUGUUCUUCUGACAGCGCUCGCAAAAUAGGUCCAACGCACUAAGGCUGUGCGAUUGUAUUCGUACGCUUUCAGUUUGGAAUGAUUUUGUGAAAAACUUUAUGGAAGGCCUCGUUUAAGCAUCAGGUCCAAUGGCGAAGUCAGAAUAUUGAAGUUACUCAGAGUCGCUUGUAAAAUGCUCGGCUACAAAACUGGAGCCCCUAAACAGAUCUGAAGUAUAAUUAUGAUAUUUUUGGGUGCUUGAUAUCGUCUUUUGUGUUCAAGGCGGAAUGAAAGCAUAAACACGAAGUCUUAAAUAUUUUACAGUAUAAAUGCGUCUUUCUCGCCGUGCUAUAAAUUAUUGUUCAACUUGAAACUG